GAGGGGGAGCCCGCGCCGCGCCUGCAGCUGCCAAGGGAGCGUUCUGAGCCCACGUCAGGGGAGGUGUCGGGAUAAAUAGGGUCCCGCAAUGGCCGUGGCUGGCUGCGCUCCGAGCUGCGGAGUCCGGGACUGGAGCUGCCCGGGCGGGUUAGCGCCCCAAAGGCUGAGAGCUGGCGCCGCUCGUGCCGUGUGUGCCGGACGGCCGAGAUCCGCAGCCGGACCCCGCAGCCCCGCUUUGCUACCCACUAGAGUUUGGGGAAAGAAACUCUCUUGCGCCCCGGAGAACUUCCUCCUCGGGGAAGGGACAGAGAGAGACGCGGGUGGCAGGAAGAGAAGGGCGUUUUCUGUCUGCCGGGGUCGUAGCGCGGGAAGGCAGUGCCAUGUUCCUCUCCAUCCUGGUGGCGCUGUGCCUGUGGCUGCGCCUGGCGCUGGGCGUGCGCGGCGCGCCGUGCGAGGCGGUGCGCAUCCCCAUGUGCCGGCACAUGCCCUGGAACAUCACGCGGAUGCCCAACCACCUGCACCACAGCACGCAGGAGAACGCCAUCCUGGCCAUCGAGCAGUACGAAGAGCUGGUGGACGUGAACUGCAGCUCCGUGCUGCGCUUCUUCCUCUGUGCCAUGUACGCGCCCAUCUGCACCCUGGAGUUCCUCCACGACCCCAUCAAGCCGUGCAAGUCGGUGUGCCAACGCGCGCGUGACGACUGCGAGCCCCUCAUGAAGAUGUACAACCACAGCUGGCCCGAGAACCUGGCCUGCGAUGAGCUGCCUGUCUAUGACCGUGGCGUGUGCAUCUCGCCUGAAGCCAUCGUCACUGACCUCCCGGAGGAUGUUAAAUGGAUAGACAUCACACCAGACAUGAUGGUUCAGGAAAAGCCUCUUGAUGUUGACUGUAAACGCCUAAGCCCCGAUCGGUGCAAGUGUAAAAAGGUGAAGCCAACUUUGGCAACAUAUCUCAGUAAAAACUACAGCUAUGUUAUUCAUGCCAAAAUAAAAGCUGUGCAGAGGAGUGGCUGCAAUGAAGUCACAACGGUGGUGGAUGUAAAAGAGAUCUUCAAGUCCUCAUCACCCAUCCCUCGAACCCAAGUCCCACUCAUUACGAAUUCUUCUUGUCAGUGUCCACAUAUCCUGCCCCAUCAAGAUGUGCUCAUCAUGUGUUAUGAAUGGCGCUCAAGGAUGAUGCUUCUUGAAAAUUGCUUAGUUGAAAAAUGGAGAGAUCAGCUUAGUAAAAGAUCCAUACAGUGGGAAGAGAGGCUGCGGGAACAGCGGAGAGCAAUUCAGGACAAGAAGAAAACAGCAGGGCGCACCAGUCGUAGUAAUCCCCCAAAACCAAAGGGAAAGCCUCCUGCUCCCAAACCAGCCAGCCCCAAGAAGAACAUUAAAACUAGGAAUGCCCAGAAGAAAACAAACCCGAAAAGAGUGUGAGCUAACUAAUUUCCAAAACGAGACUUCCGACUUCCUUACAGGAUGAGGCUGGGCAUUGCUUGGGACAGCCUAUGUAAGGCACCCUUUGCCCUAACAACUCAGUGCAGUGCUCUUCAUAGACACAUCUUGCAGCAUUUUUCUUAAUGCUAUGCUUCAGUUUUUCUUUGUAAGCCAUCACAGGCCAUAGUGGUAGGUUUGUCCUUUGGUAUAGAAGGUGAGUUAAAGCUGGAGGAAAAGGCUUAUUGAAUUCAGAGUAACCUGUGUGCAUACUCUAGAUCUCUGUGUGGGGAAAAUAACGCUUUUUACAAUUUGACCUAAUAUGUGCAUUGUAAAAUAAAUGCCAUAUUUCAAACAAAACAUGUAUUUUUUUUACACUGUGUUUUAUUUCUGUUUGACUUCCGUUGUUACAAUGUUAGUGAUGUUUUAAAAUGUAAUCAAAAAUAUAGUGCUUCUAAGAAGGAAAGGCAGUAGAAUGAAUGUCUAAAAGAUCUUUAUGUGUUUAUGGUCUGCAGAGGACUUUUGUGAUGAAAGGGGAUUUUUGGGAAAAAUCUAGAGAAGUAGCAUAUGGAAAAUUAUGACGUGUCUUUUUUACAAUGACUUCUGCUCUCUUUUUAGCUAGAAACUCUAAAAACUAAAAUACUAAUAAAGAAAAAUAAAUAAAAAAGAGGCAGACAA